GCUUUUUCCUCGCUUCGGCCGGGCAAAACUCGAGAUAGACAAAAUCAAAGAGUAUUUCAGUGUUACUCGUCAUGUGGAUUCAAUACGGAGUGUUUCUGCUUCUCUUCGCGGCGGCUGCAACGCAGGACGUCAACUGGGGUAAAAAGGUCAGGUGUUUUGUAGUGGAUGGAACAGUUGUUUGCCCUGAGUGCAACUACCGAGCAGGUUUAUCAUGUCCUAGAAGACGGCCUGAAAUGAAAAGCUGUAUCCCGCCGGUUCCUACUACCACUGCACGUCAUCCCACUACCAAGACAACUACCAUUGAUGAGACAGAAACUACCACUGAUGAGACGGAAACUACCACUCUUAGACCAACGAUAAAUGCUACAGAAGAAAUUACGUUUGAAACGUAUCUGAAUCAGACAAAAAUAUCACCUAUUCGACCAACAAAGCCAUUGGACAUGUCUAUCUAUCUCUAUCGAAUAUUGGAAAACGCAUACAGGCGUCGAUUUAAAAGAGGACAACAAAUACAAGAUAAUGAUGAUGAUGAUGAUGAUGAAAUUUGUAACUGGAAUGGUGACUGCCCUUGUCCUCUUAUUUGUUGCAAGACUGGCGACGGGUGCCCUAAGCGCUGCACAGUAGGUAUUCGACUGCCUCCUCCAUGGGGAUAAAAUUAAGUGAAAUCUUUAGACAAAAUUGGAAUUUUUUUUGCAAAUGGUGAUGUAACGUAUCAAUAAAGAUGUAAACUUUUACGUAAUUCCAACUUAAUUAUCAAUUGUUCUUAACUGAGAUCUUGAUGCCUGCUAACUUUGAAAUAUGAAAAAUUGUCACCCCACACGGUGAAGCAACUUCAAAGGAACUGCAUAAUUCAAAUGAUUAAGCAAUUGCAACAAGGUUUAAUGUAAAAAUACUAAAUUAAAAUUUAGAGUAACAAAUAAACAAAUAGGGUUGGGCCUCAUUUCAAUAGA